UUAAGGAAAUACCGCGAGAUUAAACAUGGCCGCCAUUUUUUGAAAACAAAUAGAAAGUUAGAAGAAACAAAUAUUAAGACUGUCAUAUUCCUAAAUCAUGGCCAACAAACAGGUUUGGUUUUCACUUCCCUGUGAUCCAGGCAUUGAGGAGGACUCGGAGUCGGAGCUUCUCACGAGAUCUGCAGAAGGUCAGAUCUCUGUGUCCAGUUUAACCCAGCAGACCUCUCUGUCCAGUUUAACCCAACAGACCUCUCUGUCCAGUUUAACCCAGCAGACCUCUGUGUCCAGUUUAACCCAGCAGACCUCGAGACCGAGGGAAAUUAACAGACUGAAUUACUACCCGACAGUAAAUCCAAGCCCUGUACCUCGGUUGAAUCUGAAUCCAAAGAAAACUACACAUACAAUUCAUCAUUUCAAUUUAUCAGCCAGGAAUUCGUUAUCUGCCCAUUCUGACCAGCUUUCACAGAUAUCUAUAUCAGGAUUAGACUCAGCAUCGCUGCUACAGUUUUCUCUUGAUAGCGAAAGUAGCGCCUUGCGUGAACUCCCCGAGGGAUUGGAAUCUGUUAAGGGUACAGACAGUUGUCAUGGUAAUGAAGUCAAUGUGAUAUAUACAACAAACAAUAUGGAAAACAAUGGAAGGUCAUCUGUAGAUUCUGGGGCAAUGAAUCAAACGGGCUCCACCAAUGACAGUCACCAUGUGGACUCCUGUCAGGCUUCUCCGCUCCGCGGAUUAUCAUCAGAUGAAGGAUCCGGAUGGAAAUCUGAAACAACAGAAACUUCGGAAGGUAACCUUAGUCUGUCUCAGUACGCAAUCGGUGGAGACCACUCAGAGGAUGACUCACCCCACAACAGUGCCCCAGAGGAGUUCCUGACCUCAGCUAUUUCAGAGGUAUCCAAAGACUUCAUAUCGGGGAACUUCUCCCCAUCCAAAUACCCUGGAGCAUGCGGUGAAAGCGAUAGCCUGUCUGACGGGGAUAACCACGGCCACGUGUCCGGUGCUGUGUAUGCGAGAUAUCCAGAGUCAGCCACGGGAAUGUCGGAUUGUGACUGGAAUCCGUAUGCUACAGAAUCCGACACCAACCACACGCCUCGGUCAAACGUUAGUGAAGGAAUUCCUGUCUCUGCAAUCGUUACCUCCACAGCUCAGAUGAAAGACUUUGAUUCUACAAACAGGGGAGACAAACUUGAUGAAAUUUAUGCACAGCAACUGUCAACAAAUAAUUCUGCUGUGAAGAGGCACUCGCCAUCAAGUCCCAGUGCAAAGUCUACGGACUCGGGGAAUGGAAGUGUAAAAUCCUCCAAGGAAGAGGAGACGACUCACCUCCUACCAUCGGCUUCCUAUCUACUGUACUCAUCACACACUAAAGACUCUCAAGGCAACCUUCCAGAGAGGAUUCCUACAUCUGAGAGAGAUUCCAUUGUCCGACCUUCUAUGGGGUCAAGUAACUCUGACCUUCAAAGGUACGGAUCUUAUCCAUUUGUACCCAGCAGCUACGAAGUGUCGACAUCAAAGUCGCAGAUGUCACAAAAGUCAGAUUCACGUCUAGAGCCACUGGGAAGUUUGUCUGAGGAUUGUGUCUAUGCUCAAAGGACGGCAUCUCCCGACCCUGUCCGGGAAGCUGUGUCACGGCAGAGCUCAGACAGCAGACCGACGGAUUCUGGAGAGUAUCUGCCUGUGGAUGAAAGAAAGAAAUUACUGGGCUACCUACAGAGCCGGGAUUUACCUGUGGGAAGGCCAUCAGAUUCUGGGUCGAAGUCACAGGAAGUUAGACCAACAGAACCAAAGGAGAUAUCAGAUAGGGGACUGUCUCAAAAUUUGAAUGAAGAUGCAUUGUCUCAAAGAAUGUCAAAGUUAUUGAAUAGUGCCAAUGAAUUGGGUUCUUCUCUACACCAGAGUCUUUAUAACAAAGAGGCAUUAGGACUGACUGAUCGAGAGGACUUUCCCAAGUACAAGUUCUCUCCUGUCCGCUCUCAGUACACAGGGCUGUCCACACCCAGUCCAACCAUGGGGAAUUCAGCUCAGGAAGAUUUAACCAGGUCAGCUAAGUCAAUGGCGUCGGAUGUAAGUCUGAGGUCCUCACUUGGGGAAGAAGUUGCUAAGCUUCUGGCUCGAACAGAAAAUCUGUCUGCUAAUAAACCCAAUGAUGAUGUGUCUGCUGCCAGUGAACCAAGCAGUCAGACAUUUAAACCGAUCCCCAUCGAAACCAAUUCUAUGGUGGAACCAGGCAGCAGAAAGGAGAAUAUUGCAGUGGAUGGACAUUCCAGGCAUGGGUCUGAGGAUAGCCAGAAAUCAGAAGAUUCCCUGGACCGCAAAGUGAAGGAGAUUUUACAGAGGACAUCUUAUGUGGAAAAGAAGCAGGUUCCCAGAAAAGUGGAGCCAUCAGCCCUGGAUUACUCACUUCUGCAGAAAGAUCUACAGGAGAUCCAGAACAGCCUGCCUGUCCACCUCAAUCCGGAUACGUCUCUGGAUGUCACCGGAGAAAAGGAAGCACUAGGGGAUAGUCUCAAAUUCAGUGAGAAAUCAUUCGUGUCGGAGGCUGAGAGUGCCCAGAGUGGUGGUAAGAAGCUGUUGUGGGAUCACGGAGCAGACCUAGGAUAUGAUGACAGUGGUAGAUUUCUUGGGACAGCGAAAUCAGAUACUGAGACAUUGGAGGCGAGUCCAGGUACAGCAGAUAAGAGCUUCGAGUCAUCCGGAAAAUCCAGUCAGAGGUCCAAGGAUGACAGCUCAGAGAAAGGUGGCGAUUCCUCAGAUGUUGUUUCAGAUCAGCUGGAGGUGGAGAUUGAUGAAAUCCGUAUAGGUAAUGUGGCACCUGAUGUGGAAGAGAUCAUAGCAAGAUACCAGAAAAAGAGCGGGCCACCUCCCAUGGAGCCUCAGUUUGAGGAGGAUACAACUGGACUAGCUAACAGAGUCUUCGAAAUCCUGACCAGGGAACCUCCACAGAAGCAGGCAACUGGAAUUCUGGAGAAAGUUGUGAAAGAAGAGCGAAAGUUGAUUCAGAAGAUGGCGGAACUGCCAAAGUUAGAUUCCAGUUACGAUGGAUACAAUCUCCGUUCUGCUGACAGCAGCUUUAAUCCAAACGAUAAAGACAUCAGAAAACAGCUGGAGUGGUCAGCGUUGAGUUCUCUGGACUUUGGACACCCGGACAAGACGGGCAUAUCAGAAGUGUCAUUAAAGACCGGGAUACCUUUCAAUGCUUUGGGAAAUGCCCAGACUUUUCUGUCCUCUCAGCUGCAGAAAAUGUCUGACCAGACAUUUAAUCACAGUAUUGAGCUCAGGACACCAUACCGGAAUGUUUUGGAGUGUUACACUGUGUAUGGAAUGGAGAAAGAUGAGAAAGGAGAAUCCCGCGAGGCAUGGCCACCCGAGGAAAAGCAGGAGAGACGAUCCGAGGCAGAUAAAGGGAAGCAACCCAGUGAAGACAGAAGUAGGCGGGAAGUUGAUCCAUUGUCAAACCAGAGGUUUUUCCUUAACUCUUUGGAUACGACCCCCGUAGAGUUAAGGCCUCGUCGGUAUAGCGACCCAAGAGAUCUCUCCCCUGAGGGAAGGGGAACCAGGGAAGGCCAUACCAGGAGUAAAUCAGAGGACAGUCCAUCUGUCUUCCCCAGCAGCGACCUUCAGAUUGGCAGGGACAGGUCACGACCUCAAACUUCAGCAAGUGGUACAGGGGGAGCUAGGCCAAAGGAUUUCUCCUCAAGCAAGAGAGCAGAGGGGAACUUUGACAGCACACCACCAGUUGGUAGAAGAAAGCCGUACAAACCUAACUUAAAAGAUACCAGCCCCGGCAGUGGAGUUAUGUCCCCUGGUGAUUCUGACAUCAGUAGUUCCAGCAUGUCCCGUCGUAGAGAGGGACCCAAGCUGAGGCCCUACAGACCGGCUGGAAGUCGAGAGGUUUACUACACAGAAACAGACGACUCUGUAGCAGACAGCAUCACCACCGUGGAGAGUACACACACAGUGUCUGUCAGGCGCACCCUGCGAGGCGGUCGAUCAUCCCGUGCACGAGGGUCGGAUGAUGCAGUUGGUCCAUAUAUUCCGUCCCAACAUCUGGGAACCAGACAGGAUGGGCCCAAAUCUUCUGGUAUCUAUGGCAACAGGAGUAAUACAGAUGUGGUGGAAGAUGCCCUGUCAACCAUUGAGGAGAAAUCAGUUUCUGAUGACAGAGAGCGAUCUAUGGGUGACCUCGCUAAUCCGACCAGCGACUUUUACAAACGCGACAGUGGUUUGGAACAUAGUAGUAAGGGCCCCAUCGUGUCAGAUAGAGCUCCAUCUGCUGGCAGCGAUCACUACUCUCAUAGGAGUGGUUCAUCUAGAGCGAGUGAUUAUUUGACCAGUCGCAACCUGACAAAUGGAUCUCAGGAAGAUCGUCCACGGAGUUCUGAAGGCAGACAGAAUGUUGAUAAUUUCUAUGAAGAUAGCGGGAUGUCCAUGACGACGAGGUCAGAUCCUGGGGACCAGUUCGCCACUCCUCGGCGUGUGCGUGAUGUUUCGAAAAUUUCGGGUUUACAGGCACAUGGCAGCAGCAGGGAGAAUAGCAUUGAUAACAUUGUAAAAAGUAGGUCAAGGUCAGAAACUGACCUAGUUACACUGAGUCCGGAAGGAAAACAGAUUUCCUCCUCUCCUGCCACUCACGGACGACUGAUGGAUUUUUCAGCCCAGCCUUCACCCAUCCUCUCUCAUCAUAAUUCGCUCAUUUCACCAGCCUUCCAAGGGGCAGCCAGACAGUUACGUGAGGCAGAGAGAAUUCCAGGUCAAGGAUUUGGAGCUGAACCUAAAGAUUUUCCAUCCAAUGCUGAUGAAAGAAAAAUGCCUUCCUACAGAGAAAUAGAUAGAAGGCUUGUGGAUAGGGAUGUUCCAUACAUGUCUAGAAAUCCCGUGGAUGACGAGUACAGCCGAAGAGCUGAUAUACCGAGCAGACAACCACUGGAUGACGAGUACAGCCGAAGAGCUGAUAUACCGAGCAGACGACCACUGGAUGACGAGUACAGCCGAAGAGCUGAUAUACCGAGCAGACGACCACUGGAUGACGAGUACAGCCGAAGAGCUGAUAUACCGAGCAGACGACCACUGGAUGACGAGUACAGCCGAAGAGCUGAUAUACCGAGCAGACGACCACUGGAUGAUGAGUACAGCCGAAGAGCAGAUAUACCGAACAGACGACCACUGGAUGACGAGUACAGCCGAAGAGCAGAUAUACCGAGCAGACGACCACUGGAGGAGCUCAGGGUUGAAUACGGAAGUAGAAGGUCCGGAGAUGAUAUGAUGGGGAAGAGAGUUGAUAAUGAAGAGAGAAGACCAUUUGAGGAAGGAAGGAGAUCAGGUGAUAGGGAACUAUUAAAUGAAGAAAUGCAACGUAGAAAUCCAGUAGAAAGUAUACCAUUGAGUGAUAAUAGGACAGAGGCUCGGGAGAGUCAGCUGGAGUACGUCAGAGCCCGGCCACAGGAAGAAGAAAUCUACAGCUACGAUAAGAAAGAGGACAAGCCAGACCGAGCGACUCCCAAUCAGUAUGACAGACUAGGGGACAUCAUACAGCAGUAUCAGAACCGCCCCCUGGAACCGGGCCGAGAGUCCCUGGACUACGACUCCAGACCCCGAUCUACAGAGCCAGGGAGGGGAGGAUACACCGUCUCUUCUGCACCAGUCAGUUCAUUGUAUAACCCAGCCAGAGGCAAUCCUACUGAUUCAAGAUCUGGCAGACAGCAGGACUUAAACAUCCCAAGAACAUCAGUUUAUUCACGAUCGUUGGAAGAUGAUAAAGCUCCAUCUGACAGGCUGCAGGAUCUAGAUAUUCCUCAAACGUCUGCUUAUUCACGGCCAAUGGAAACUCUCUACAGCUCUCGUCCAGUAGAGAGUGUGUCUAAUGAUUACAGUGCACUAGAUCGACCCAGGUCAUAUGACAGCAGACCCCUAGAAUCAGGGGCCAAUCUUUAUCAAUCACGAGCUCCCAGGGAAUCGUCAGGAUUUCACAGCGGACAGAGUGAUAAUGAUAAGGAAUACAGCAAAAGAAUUUCUCCUCUAGAACCUGGACAUGGUCUGGAAAGCAGGCCUCUGGAAAAAGGAGAUGACCUUCCUUACAGUAACGGAAAGGAAAAAAAUUUAGCCCGACCCUUGGAACCAGGAAGUGGUCUAGAAAGCCGCCCCUUGGAAACAGGAAGUAACAUACCGUAUAGCUCUGGUACUUCCAUAUACAAGCACAAUUCUGCCAGUGAACUUGAGCCUUACAAGUCCUCAGUUGAUCUGGAGAUGAGAACAAGGCAACCAUUGGCUACACUGAGGGACGAUGUCUCGGCAGAACGGCAAAGGCAGAGGGCUGACAGUCAGGAGUACAUUGAAAGAGAGAGGGGCAGGCCACUGGAUAGGGGCCAAGAUUAUUUGGAUGUAUUUAUACCUCAGGCGAUAGACAGGGAAAUACGAAGCAGGGAUAGGUCUAAUGAGAGGAGAUCAGAGGGUCAAAGGUCAAGGGAAAGGACACCUGAGAGACUCAACAGGUCAAGGUCACCAACCAGUAGAUCAAGGUCACCAGCAAACAGGUCAAGAUCACCAGCCAACAGAAGCAGUGAGAGAGAACUGAGAGAAUAUUUGGUGGAUGGAGAAAUUUUCACUGAACUCCCACGUGUCCCAGAUGAUGAAUUUGAAGACAUGGUGAGAACAGAAAGAUUAAAGGCCAAGAAAGAGCUGGAACUGAUGAGACAAAUGAAGAGACCUAAAGGCAGCAUUUUGACUGAGGAAGACGAAAAGGAGUUUGGAGCCGAAUUUGAUAGCAUUCCACCCAGCAAGAAAGCACAGGCCCUCCGUGACACACUGGAGAGGGAGAGAGAUCACUCCAUACCGUCCAACAUCAAUGACCUGUGGAGGAAAUUCCAGGAGAUGAACGAGACACAGAGUGACAGCAGCAUGAACACAUCGCGGAUUGAGACCUUGACCAGUCUCCUGCAAAAUCCAACAAAGCAUGCUGUACAGAGGGUGCUGGAUGACCGAACGUAUCAGAAGGCUAAAGAGAGGCGGGUCAUACAGGAGCUGGUGGAUAUGGAAAGUGGGAACCAGGAGAAGAAAAGAGAGAACCAGCCAAGAGAGGUGGAGACGCGAAGGAUUGAGAAACAGAAGAAGCGGCAGACACUGAGUGAGGAGGAGAUUAACGGGAGCUACGCAGAAAUCCUGACAAAGCAGAAAAAGAGAGUGGAAACGGAGAAAAAGCAGAAGAACAAGGAGAAUAAACUGAAGGGAAGCAAAUCUCUACGGAUUCAGGAGGUGAAGAAGUUAGGUGACAGUGCCGAUACAUUAUACUCAAUACCAGAAGACACAAGCUUCGAGUCAAGUAGAGGGGCAUCCCCAAACGUGGUGACAGAAUCGCAGAAAAAGGCCAAGAGACAACGACAGAAAAAUGUGAUUGAUCCUCUGAUGGUGAAACUCCGGGACAAGGUGGAGAAACAGAAGAACAAGAUCGAUGUGGAAAGGAGAAAGGAGAUGAAGAGACUCGAGAAGCUGAAAAGGUUAGAGAUGUUACUCGGUGCUAAGAAGAAAGGGAAGCUCUCUGACAAAGCCAUCUUUGCUGAACUGGAGAAUGUGUCCUCUACCUCAGUGCCUCAGUCAGAUGACUCGACCACAUUCCUGAAUUCUGAUUCUACUUUAAUGGAGGAUUCAGGAGAUUCCAACGUGCCAGUGUUAGAUUCUACGUCAUCCAAAGACAGCAGCAUAGAGCUACAGAGAACGCGGGUCCGGAAAUCUAGAGACAACAGAGAGUUUCAGAAGUCCUCUUUAUCAGCAGCUGCUGCUUUGGAUGAUUCAGAGUCGCAGAGUGAUAUUAUUGUGGUCCGUAAACCAAGGACAAAGGAAAAGAAAGACAGGUUAAAUGAUGAAGCUGGUCAUAGGUCAAGAGGUCAUAAGAAAAAUAGAGGCAGGGAGUCACCAAAACAUAAAUAUCACGAUACCGAUCUGUCACCUUCCAGGGAGAAAUUUCACUUGGAAACCUCCCCUGUUAGGACAAGGAAACUGAGGGACAUUGGUACUAUGUAUCCCUCCCCAAUAGUAGUAAGUCCGACAACGAUGAGAAGGCGACCCAGGGAGGUGGCAAUGAAAUCUGAGGCUGUGCAGACUGUGGGAAGGACUGCUUCUCCGUCCUACAGUGAGACGAGGGUUAUUCCUGUCCCGAUGAUGUCACCGGAGAGUCAGAGGAGGUCCCGAAUUUCUCAGCCAUUCCGAGGAGACAAGCACCACAGCAUGCAGAGUUCGUCGCCAGAGUCUUCUCCAAACAGGUCAAACUUGUUCCCUCGAUCGUAUACCCCUCCCCGAUCAAAGUCGCCCCCAUCAAGGUCAUCUAUUCAGCAGAGAGUGAGACCAGCAUCGUCUGGGUCACAGUCGGUGACUCCGCAGAGAAAUAGGUCCACCUCACCCCCAAAGUCCCGGAUGUUUGUCCCAGAGUCCGACUCAGAGUAUGAGAAGUUCGUAAUGAAGACACCACCCAAAAAUAAAAUGUUUACACCAGAGACUCCUGAUGAUGAAUACACUGCCAAAAUGAGAGACAGUCCUAAAGGCUUAGCCUGGUACAUUGCCAUGGACAAGGAGGUGAAGCCUUGGAGAAAACCACUGAGAGAACAGCAGGCUCAUGCUGUCAGAAAGGAACCGUGGAAGCCAAAUAAUGUCAGCUCUACACAGUGGAAGAACAUGGUGAACUCGGACAUCAUGAACAAAUCACGAGACACCAAGUUUGACCUGAACCCUGAGGGAGAGCUGAUUGACAAGGAGAAUUCGAUGGAUGAUACCGAGGAGGAUCUCUCCGACUCCAAACCCCUCAACAAAAUGUCACUACAGGAAGCCUUUAAACUCUACAAAUCGAAUACAAUCUCCCAUGUCCGUCAACGACAAAAGCGUGUAGCUUUCGCAGCAGAGGAACGUAGAUUGGUGACUACCCUGGAGGCUGAAAGAGAACGAUUGUUUGCAGAGCAGAGGAAGAAGGAAGCCAACCCAGAUGCCCACCCUUACAGUGAAAAUCUCCAUUUUCCAAAGAAAAGGUCCCUCACUAAACAAGAAAUUAAAGAUCGCACUGCAAAGUCAUACAAGAAACUUGCCGAGGUUGUCAAUAAAAAGAAAGAAGUAAAACGACAAGAAGAUUAUGCUCUGAACAGAUUAAAGGCCAAGGUGUUCAACAGGAGAAUACAGAGACAUGCUUUGAAGAAGAGUUCAACUUUUCGAUAAAAUGGCAGCGAUAUACAUGUAGUUAUGGUCCUUGUGGGACUGUUGUCUGUGAUACUGACCUCGGGGGAAUCUCUCCAUGAUCUGAUAGCUAGAUAUUUUAUGUAUGAUGUUAGGGAGAGUCUUAGAUGUUAUAAUUUGUGUAGGGAGUACUUCAUCUGUAACCGUGUCAUGUUGUCCAAUGGUGACGGAUAUUAGUAUGACAGCUACAGCAGUUGUCUGCUCUUGGAUUGCAUUUAGUGUGCCCCUGCUAGGAUUUGCUAAAGACUUGAUGUAUCCGAGUCUUGUUGCACGUGCAUGUUUAUCUGGAGUAUGGAAUCGUAUUUAUUCAAAAUAUUUAAAAUAAAUGACUUCAAUAUUA